CGCAGAGGCUUUUUGGGUAAUCUAACAAUAAUUGAGAAUUAUAUAAUACAAUUGAGAAUUAUAUGAUAUAAUUCGUAGUAGCGGGCGGACGGGAGGGAGCUAAUAAUAGUAGCGGUGAGUGGCGGGCGGACGGGAGGGAGUCGGGCGGUUGCGGGUUGGGGAAAAAAAGAAGGGAAGCCUCUGCCAUAUAACGUGCGGUUCUUUGGUGUGAAAUGCGGUUCUUUGGUUUUGGCGGUUUACUGGUACAAUCGAUAUUAUAAUGGCUGAGUUCGAUAGCGAUAUAGAAGAAAUUGAGCGCUCUUUUCAUAAUAUGAGUCUAGAUGAUAAUGAUGAAGAUCUUGGUUGUUUGCCAAUGCCACUUGAGAGAGAUGAUGGUAAAGACCUUGCUUGUUUUCCUAUGUCUGCUGAGAAGGCUGGUGAUGAAGACCUUGGCUGUUUGCCCAUGCCAAUACAGAGUGCUGUAUUGACAAGUACUCUAAAGAAGGUGAAACAACGGCAACUAGUACCUGUAGCUGGGAAGCAUGAUUUGACACCAGAUUCAAAAAGACAAAAUGAGCCACCUUCAAAGAUCAUGAAUAUGCAAUCUGGAAGUCCUUUGUUAACAUCUGAGUCAUGCGAACUGCCAAAGCCAAGUGGAGUAUUUUACAAAAGAAGAAGGGAGAGCUAUGUCAAAAUGUUGUUAGAGCAUUUUGAAGAGAGAGAAGGUGCUCAGGUAAAGCAAGAAGCUGUUAUGAAGGUGCUACAGUUGAACAACUACCAAAAAAUACAGGCCACAAAUGCUGUCAAAUUGGCAUUUGCAACUUGCAACUUGGUCACUCAUUAACAUAAUAAGAGGUGAUACUACAAAUGCCAAGCCAGGUGUCAUUAGACAAGGAAGAGUAUAUAUAACUGUUUUACCACCACC